AUGGAGGAACUCACUUUCAAGUCUGAUAUGUCGUUCUUCUGGGCUACUACGCGUAAUUGUGGGACGAAAUUUCAAACGACGAAUGACACGCAGCAUCAGAAAUUGAGAGGGAUUCAGAAUGAAUGGCAAGGCCGCGCCCUCGACGGCGAUUUUGCAGAAUACAUCGUAUACCACCAAAAGAAGCUAUACAAGAUCAAGAACCUCACAGAUGAAGAAUCCACCCUUCUGGAACCAGCCGCAUGCGCAAUACACGGCCUCGAUAAACUCAUCCCACCCGUCGGAAUCGAACUUGGCCGCAGGAACCCCGAUGCGCAGUGGCAAAAACUCAAAGACGAUAACCCGUAUGGAUUUGAUGUGGUGGUCGAAGCUACGGGGGCGGAGAAGAUCGCGGAUAUGUCGAUUGGGUAUGUACGGAGGGGCGCUCGUUCAUUGGCCACGUCCAAGAUAUUUGGUGAUGAGAUUACUAUCAUCGGCUCGUUCUCGCAGAUGUACUGCUUCCCACGAGCAGUCGCAUACCUCGAUAGCGGAAAAGUCAAAGUGAAGGGAAUGGCGACAGAUGCCUUCAAGCUUGAGGAUUACCAACUAGCCAUAGACAAGAUGAAGAGCAGAGGAGUGUUGAAGAUCGCGAUCAAGUCAUGA